GAUGCAUUAUGCUGGAAGUGUGUUCAUGUUCGAAAUAAACUAGAAGAAAGAAUGUUGGCGAGGUUAAAAAACAAAAAGACAUGCUCUUAAGACUGAAACUGACCUGUUCCUGAGACAGAGAGAGCCCAGCACCAUGCCUCCGUAGGCAUCGCUGAAGAGCUGCAGGGCUUUGGGGGACACGUCCGGGUUGAGAAAAACCCGGUUCUCCUCGGCGGCUGUAAAGAGUCUGUCCCCGAUCUGCUCGGGGAAGCCCACCAGGGAGUCGACGUGGUGGACGUUGUCCGCCACGAAGAGGAGGACGAUGUCGAAGAGCGACUUGGUGCUGUACCUCAGGCUGCCCUCCGCGUUGUAGAUUGAUCUGGACUGUACACAAUCGUGUAAAUGGCAGCAAACGACCCAUUUCAGUUCCAAGAAUUUGAAGAGGGCAAUCUGCUAGCAGCUGACAAAGAUUCAACCUCUAUCAGCAUUGAGGACGAUUUCAUCAACUCUGACACGUCGAGGAAGACCCCCAGUCUCUCUCCUGAUGACGACCCGCUUGCGAGUGAUGACAAAUCUGAGCUUCUCUCCGGGCAGAAGAAAAGUGUCCCUUUCUGGACGUUUGAUUACUACCAAAUGCUUUUCAACGUGGACACACAUCAUGUAAAGGAGAGGAUAAUUGGUUCCGUUCUGCCAUGGCCCGGAAAGAACUUCAUUCAAGUCUACCUUCGUCGAAACCCUGAUCUCUAUGGGCCAUUCUGGAUCUGCACGACUCUUGUAUUUGCCAUCGCCAUCAGUGGAAACAUAUCUACCUUCCUGGUUAACUUAGGCAAACCAGAAUACAAGUACAGCCCUGAGUUUGGAAAAGUGACCAUAGCUGCCACGGCCAUCUUCAGCUACGCUUGGCUGGUGCCGCUUGCUGUUUGGGGUUUCCUGCUUUGGAGAAGCAACAAGAUUAUGAACUUGGUUUCAUAUUCCUUUAUAGAGAUUGUCUGUGUGUAUGGAUACUCCCUGUUCAUCUACAUUCCUGCAGUGGUUCUGUGGAUAUUCCCGUUCGAGUGGCUGAGGUGGCUCUCCAUCCUGGUGGCACUCUUCCUGUCCGGUUCUGUCCUGGUCAUCACCUUCUGGCCCGCUGUGCGCGACGACCAGCCCAAGGUUAUCGCGGCGGUCAUGUCGGCCAUCGUGGUGCUCAACGUCCUGCUCGCCGUCGGAUGCAAGGCCUAUUUUUUCAGCAAAGCAGCGCCGGUGUUAAUACCUGAUAAGUUAGCAGCGACAGCAGGGAUCCAUGCACAUGCCACAACAUGAGAAGCUGCCAUUGUUUGAAGGUUCUCCUGUUGCCUUACUACAGAGAAUCGGGUUGCUGUGGUGAUGAAGUCACAGGCUGUCUGGAUUUCACCUGCACUCGCACCUACUAACUAGCCCAAGACCUGAAAGCCUAGCUUCAAUGCUUGGUUACAUGGCUGACAAUGAACACUGGUACCAAGUAUGUUGUUUCUACUGGGGUGGCUUCUGACCUUACAUAAAGACAAUCAGCCAAAAUAACUCGUCUUUUGGAGGCAUCUAUUUAUUUAAUGUUAUGAUCAUGGGAUACCACACUGCAAAAACUGAAAUCUAAGUAAGAUGAAAUAUCUCAAAUAAGGGUGA